ACUUGGAAUUCGGCGUGCAGAUAAGGUGCUGUCAGUGGUUUGUGGUUUGUUAUUAAAGACAUUCACAGCGAUAUGAAAGGUCUGUUGUUCAGCUGGCUCGUCGUCUAUUUGGUACAGAGAUGUAGUUCACAAUCAAUACAAUGUACCCACGGUUGGAUUAGACAGAAUUCUAAGUGCUACUUCUUAAGCAACACCAAAGAAACCUACGUUGGUGCCAGCGCAUUUUGUCAUGCAUUUGACAGCAAACUAGCGGAGCCAAUAACACAAGAUGAAGUUACUUUUUUGUCUAAGACAGUUGCUGACAGAGGAAAUCAUACCUCUUUCUACAUUGGUGUAAAUGACAUUUUCCUGGAAGGGGAAUGGGUGUACGCCUAUGUCAGAACGCCCCUCAAGGUUCAACCACCGUGGAUCAAUGGCGGUCCUGACAAUUUCCACGAGGAAGACUGUGUUGAGUUAUAUUCCACUAAUGACGGAAAAUGGACGGACGUAAAGUGUACAACUCGACUAUACUACAUCUGCGAAUACGACAUCGAAGCAGAACCCCUGCCCAUAGGAUGAAGGAAGUGCACACAGAGAAAUAAAUGUAUUUGUACCAAAUCGAAUACACACUAUACAAUUCACA